AUGAAUGAAUGAAUGUAUGAACUGUGUUGGUUUGGAGAUCUAACUUUUUAAAGUUGUACUUGGUGUAAAAGCUCUGAGAACAACUGAAUCAGGGUAAAUAAAUACAAAUGGAGGCAUGGUUCCAGAAGAAAAAGGUGUCCCUUUAAAGAGUUGGGGUGCUAACUCGUGACUUCCCCUCCCCUCAUAUAUAAAUGCGGGCGCUCUCCCCCUCUUGCUGCAGUCCCCACCAUGAGUUCCACCGUUGAGAGCCACUUCUUCGGGCCGAGCGGGCUCCGUAAACCUCGGCCAGCCUCGGUGUCCUCCAUCGGCUUCCACUCCCAGCGCCGCCGCCUCACCUACAGCAACCAACCGUCCUCCGGGGACAGUGUGGACACCUUCAACGGGGACAUGUCCCGCAAGAGCGAAAAGGAGAUCCUGCAGGCGCUCAACGACCGCUUCGCCGGCUAUAUCGACAAGGUGCGCAGCUUGGAGAUGCACAACCGCAACCUGGAGGAGGAAGCGGCAGCCCUGCGGCAGUGUCAGAGCGGUCGCACCUCGGUGGGGGAGAACUACGAGCGGGAGCUGAACGACCUUCGGGGGCUCAUGCGGCAGCUGAGCAGGGAGAAAGGUCGCACGGCCGUGGAGUACCAACGCCUGGAGGAGGACAUCCAGCAGGUCCGGGCCCGUCUGGAAGAGGAGGCGCGCAGCCGGGAGGAGCUGGACGCGGCCGCGCGGGCUAUGAAGAAGUACGUGGACGAGUGCCAGCUGGCCAGAAUGGAGCUGGACAGGAAGCUCUGCGCCCUGGACGACGAAGCCGCGUUCCUCAAGAAGAACCACGAAGAAGAAAUGGCCGAGUUCCUCGCUCAGAUUCACGGCGCGGAGGUGACUUUUGACCUGCGUGACUCGCCCAAAGUGGACGUGACUGGAGCCUUACGGGAGAUCCGUGCACAGCUCGACCGCCACGCGACCAACAAUGCCACACAAGCUGAGGACUGGUUCAAAGUGCGCUUGGAGCGUUUGACAGAUGCGGCCAGGUCCAACCAAGAUGCCAUUCGAGGGACACAAGAGGAGAUCGUGGAAUACCGUCGUCAGCUGCAGAGUCGCACCAUCGAGCUGGAGACUCUCAGAGGAACCAAGGAGUCCUUGGAGAGGCAGCGUACGGAGAGCGAGGACAGACACCAGGAUGACCUUGACUCACUUCAGGACACCAUCAGUCAUCUGGACUCUGAGCUGAAAAAUACAAAAUGGGAAAUGGCCAGCCAGCUAAAGGACUAUCAGGACCUUCUGAAUGUGAAGAUGGCCCUAGAUAUUGAAAUAGCGGCUUACAGGAAGCUGCUGGAGGGUGAAGAGAGUCGUCUUGUGCCAGGAAGUCCCUACUCCUAUUUUGAUAGUAGAAUUUCAGCGCAUCUAAAAGUCAAAGAAGAUAAAGUGAUUGUUCAAGAGCAGACAGAUGAGACCCAGGUCACAGAGGUGACAGAGGAGGCGGAAGAGGAGGAAGAAGGUGAAGAGAAUAAAGAAGAGGAGGAAUGCAAAACAGAGGAAGGAAACAAAGGAGAGGAAAAGGAGAAGGAGAAAAGAGAGGAAGUAGGUGAGCAAGAAGAGAUUCCCAAAUCACCAGAGGAAGUCGCAAAUUCUCCUCAGCCAAAAUCUCCUCCCAAAUCACCAGAAAAAGUCCAGAAUACUCCCCAGCCUAAAUCUGGCCCCAAAUCACCCGAGUCCAAAUCACCACCAGCCAAAUCUCCCAUGGCCAAAUCCCCUGCAAAGUCACCCAAAUCCAAAUCUCCUCCAAACAAAUCCCCACGGUCUAAAUCUCCCCCUCCCAAGACACCUGAACCCCCGGAGAAGGAGAAGGUCAAGCCCGCACCUGCUUCCAAAGAUGACACGAAAGGGGAGAAAAAAGACAAGCCUGAGUCUGUCAAAGAUGAAAAGAGCGAUCCAUCCGUUCAAGAGGAAAAGGUCGAACAACCAGUAAAGGAGAAGGAGAACAAGGAGAAAGAAGCAGAGAAUAAAAAGGAGAAGGAUGACAAACCUGACGUAAAAAAAGACAGUCAAACAACUGAGGUGCCAAAGAAGGAAGAAACUCCAAAACCUGCAAAGGCUGCAGAGAACAAAGCUCCGGCCUCCAAACCAAAAGAGGAGGCUCCUCCCUCGGUUGAGGAGAAGCCCUCGGCUCCUAAACUGGCAAAGACAGAGCCAGAUAAGAAGCAGGAGGAGAAACCUACCCCUAAAGUUGAAUCUGAGAAACCAGAAGAGAAAAAGGAGACCAGUCAAGGAGCUGCCGACGAAGGGAAGACGAAAAAAGUGGCAAAAGCUCCUGGCACCGAGUCCAAAGACAGUACGGAGAAGGCCAAAAAUUGAAGAAGAGUGGACUAAAAAUAAACUUUACGGGUGAGAUCAGGAAGGACGCUCAAGCAUAACUAAGCAAUCUUUAUUUUUAUUGACCUACUUACUAUAUACGCACCAUUCAUGCUAUUAUGUCUGUUGGCAACGCUGUUUAUUAAGCUCCUUCAGUGAAUGUGACAGCUGCCUUUCAAUAUUAAGUGCAUUUAUACUGUACCUGCACUAGCCCUCAAGGAGAGAUGCCAAGCUGAACAUAAUGGUCCCAAAUAAUAUAUUGAAAUAUACUGCAUACAACUAUCUAUAUUAUAUUUGCUAUGUUAGAAAGAUUAGUCAGACAGACUUGGCUGCUUGUGCACUUUAAUGUUUCUCUUCACAGGUGAGACGUCUCUCUCUCUCCUCUGGCCUGACUGUGAUAUGUACGAACCUGCUAAAUAUGCAACACAAAACAAAAAUAAAGAAUAACAAGAAAAUUGUGUGGCUUAAGUCGGCAGGGGAAGCCAUCACGCGGGAAGCUGAGAUGAAGAUUCGCGAAACGAAAUGUUGAGGCUGAAAGGUAAAAUGCAGCAAGACUUGCCUGCAUUGCAGUGGAAGGAGGAGGGGUGGAGACACUGCACCCGUCCCCCCCUGUCCCGCAAGCCUUGCUCAUUUAUAAAUGAGGUGCAGUGCAGCAUAACGCCACAAGUAAAUUUCCUAUUUAGUCACAUAUUUCCAUCACGUCAUUAGUGAUACACGACAUUUAUGUGCCCCCCCUCCCCUUUUAUCUUUUUAUACUAAUUAGCCAUUAACAGAAUAAGAGUUUUGGUGUGCAAGUUAAUACUACAUUUCCAGAUGAUAACCUUAAAAAAACAAGACACAUCAAGAGUUAGGAUUACAGGCUAAACUAUGGCUAAACUUUUGGUACUGGAGAGUAGCUGACAUUGAAAACCAUGUGGCAUUCUGCUUUCCACACCAUCCAAUCUAUUUAUUGGAUAUCAAGUGUGCCCAAGUGACACAAUGAUAAAACAAAGUUAAAGUGUGUUUGAUUGAAUUGUCCUGGCUAACCUUAUGCAAUCAAUGAACACGGUGCCAGUGUAAAUAGAGCAGCGAU